CACGGACCCAAGGAUUCUCGAGCUUGGGAGCUGGCGGCAGUGCUGCGCGCGCCGCCUGGCCUGAAGAGUGGGCCACCUUGCCAUGUCGCUCGGCAUCUUCUGAACUAGGAAAGCCCGAGGAUGUCCGCUCUGAGGAAGGAUUCCCCACCAUCUGAGGCCCGGCCAUAGUCCUACGUGAUUUCCCAGCAGCUUGAGAGCCCCAGCCUGCGCCCUGCCAGCCAUAAUGGGGACGGCUCAGGUUCUGCCCGGCAUCCUGCAGAAACACUGCUGCAUUUUACCAGACAGGAACACAGAGUCUCAGUGCACCCUUUGUGGCGAGCCAGAAGAGGAAGAAGGAGGAGACUUGGUCCAGCCGGGCCUCAGCUUCCCAGGACCAGCGGAAGAGGACAUAGACCAGCAAUACUCAUGGUCUCCCACGUCGCAGCACUUCAAUGAGGAGAGGUAUUCGCCCGCACCCAGGAACAUGAAAGGGUUAACCGGAAGCCGGACCCAGCCUCAGCUGUGUGCGGGUCAUACCUGCGGCCUGUCACCCCCUGAUGACUGCGAGCACCCCCACGACCACAUGCACCAUGGGCCAGAUGUGCGGCAGCCCUACCUUCUCAGCCCGGCUGAGAGCUGCCCCAUGGACCACCACCGCUGCUCGCCCAGGAGCUCCGUCCACUCCGAGUGUAUGAUGAUGCCUGUGAUGCUGGGCGACCACGUGUCCAGUAGCACCUUCCCCAGGAUGCACUACAGUUCACACUAUGACACGAGGGAUGACUGUGCCAUGACCCACGCGAACACAAAGGUAAACCGCAUCCCCGCCAACCUUUUGGACCAGUUUGAGAAACAGCUACCCCUGCACCGGGAUGGUUUCCACACACUGCAGUACCAGAGGGCCUCCGCCGCCACCGAGCAGCGGAAUGAGAGCCCAGGCAGAAUCCGGCAUCUGGUCCACUCCGUCCAGAAGCUCUUCACCAAGUCUCAUUCUUUGGAGGGAUCAUCCAAGAGCAACAUCAAUGGGACCAAGAGUGACAGUCGGGUGGACGACCACCACCACAGCCACCAUUCUAAACACAGCAAAAGGAGUAAAAGCAAGGAGCGGAAGCCGGAGGGCAAGCACAAGUCUGGCAUGAGCAGCUGGUGGAGUUCUGACGAUAACCUGGACAGUGACAGCACAUACCGGACGCCCAGCGUGGCCAACCGCCACCACAUGGACCACAUCUCCCACUGCUACCCUGAGGCACUACAGAGCCCCUUUGGGGACCUCUCACUAAAGACUUCCAAAAGCAACAGUGAUGUUAAGUGCUCAGCCUGCGAAGGCUUGGCCCUGACGCCCGACACUAGGUACAUGAAGCGUAGCUCCUGGUCCACCCUCACGGUGAGCCAGGCCAAGGAGGCCUACCGCAAGAGCUCCCUGAACUUGGACAAGCCCCUGGUCCACCCAGAGAUCAAGCCUUCCCUGCGGCCAUGCCACUACCUCCAGGUGCCUCAGGAUGACUGGGGUGCGUACCCCACCGGUGGCAAAGAGGACGAAAUCCCCUGCCGUAGGAUGAGAAGUGGCAGCUACAUCAAAGCCAUGGGUGAUGAGGAGAGUGGAGAGUCAGACUCCAGCCCCAAAACAUCUCCCAAGGUGACCCUCCGGCCAGAGCCCCUGCUGAAGUCCAUUGUACAAAGGCCACUUGGAGACCACCAAACCCAGAGCUACCUGCAAGCUGCCAGCGAGGUGCCUGUUGGUCACAGCCUGGACCCAUCAGUCAACUACAACUCCCCAAAGUUCCGGUCCAGGAACCAGAGCUACAUGCGGGCCGUGAGCACCCUGAGCCAGGCCAGCUGUGUGAGCCAGAUGAGCGAGGCAGAGGUCAAUGGACAGUUCGAGUCUGUGUGUGAAUCUGUCUUCAGUGAAGUUGAAUCUCAGGCCAUGGACGCCCUUGACCUGCCUGGAUGUUUCCGAACAAGGAGUCACAGCUACCUUCGGGCCAUCCAAGCUGGUUACUCCCAAGAUGAUGAAUGUAUUCCCGUGAUGACACCCUCCAACAUGACCUCAACCAUCAGGUCAACAGCAGCCGUCUCCUACACGAAUUACAAGAAGACGCCUCCCCCGGUGCCUCCACGGACCACCUCCAAGCCUCUGAUUUCAGUGACGGCCCAGAGCAGCACAGAAUCGACACAGGAUGCCUACCAGGACAGCCGGGCCCAGAGGAUGUCCCCAUGGACCCAAGAUAGCCGUGGCCUCUACAACUCCAUGGACAGUCUGGACAGCAACAAGGCCAUGAAUCUGGCUCUGGAAACAGCUGCGGCUCAGCGCCAUGCCACUGAGGCACAGAGCGGCUCCACAAGGACCAGUGACAAGGCCAUCCUGGUAUCCAAGGCUGAAGAACUCCUCAAGAGCCGCUGCUCCUCCAUCGGGGUCCAGGAUUCUGAAUUCCCUGAUCAUCAACCCUACCCAAGGUCAGAUGUAGAAACAGCCACGGAUUCUGACACGGAGAGCCGAGGCCUACGGGAGUACCACUCUGUUGGUGUGCAAGUAGAAGACGAGAAGCGGCACGGUCGUUUCAAGCGCUCAAACAGCGUCACGGCGGCUGUCCAGGCUGACCUAGAGCUGGAGGGCUUCCCUGGACACAUCACCAUGGAGGACAAGGGCCUGCAGUUCGGAUCCUCCUUCCAGCGACAUUCGGAGCCCAGCACCCCGACCCAGUACGGGGCGCUGAGGACUGUGCGGACGCAGGGCCUCUUCAGUUACAGGGAGGACUACAGGACACAGGUGGACACUGCCACCCUGCCCCCACCCGACCCCUGGCUGGAGCCAUCACUGGACACAGUGGAGACCGGGAGGAUGUCUCCGUGUCGAAGGGACGGCUCAUGGUUCCUGAAAUUGCUGCACACGGAGACGAAGAGGAUGGAAGGCUGGUGUAAAGAGAUGGAGAGAGAAGCGGAGGAGAACGACCUCUCGGAAGAAAUUCUAGGCAAGAUCAGGAGUGCCGUGGGAAGCGCCCAGCUGCUCAUGUCCCAGAAGUUCCAGCAGUUUUACUGGCUUUGUCAGCAGAAUAUGGAUCCCAGCGCCAUGCCAAGGCCAACAUCGCAGGAUCUGGCCGGCUACUGGGAUAUGCUGCAGCUGUCUGUGGAAGAUGUCAGCAUGAAGUUUGAUGAGCUGCACCAGCUGAAGCUCAACGACUGGAAGAUAAUAGAAUCACCCGAAAGAAAGGAAGAAAGGAAGAUCCCUCCUCCAAUACCAAAGAAGCCCCCUAAGGGGAAAUUCCCCAUCACAAGGGAAAAGUCUCUGGACCUGCCAGACCGACAGCGCCAAGAAGCCCGGCGUCGGCUCAUGGCAGCCAAGAGAGCCGCCUCCUUCCGCCAGAACUCGGCCACUGAGAGGGCAGACAGCAUUGAGAUCUACAUCCCCGAGGCCCAGACUCGGCUCUGAGGACCAGAGGUGGCCAUGCGCGCCUGGUUUUGUUCUUCUACGCGAAACACUUGUACAGUUUAUUGCCUACCUGGUAGUUUCUGUCUCACCCUCCACCGGAUUCGCCCUUGCCGUGUUCUCUGCACCGUAGACAGUGGACGCUCCGAUUCCUAGUUUUGCUGAGCUCAUGGCAAGAUUGACUCGGAAGGACAUCGGCUCUGACGAGCGGGCUUGGUGAGCCCCGACUUGCCUCCCUGUUCGCAGAGGGCCACCAGGUGGCCUCUUGAAAUGGAACCUAGCUUUCUCUUUGUUAUUUAUAUUUUUAUAAAUUGUGUGAUAACUAGAGGUCACUACAAACGGGUGCGUCUCCCCACUCUGAGAGGCAUUAGACAUCCAAGUGGAAGGUGCUACAAUUCGAAGGGCAGGAAAGACAGACAAACCUGUUCCCUCUCAUCUGAGUUACUGUCUCCAACUGAGCUGUCCCAUGUCCCUGCUGUCCUCACUAGCCCUGCCACCCCAGGAAGCACUGGGUUCCUUGGUUGACAUUUGUGAUGACAGAAAAGGGUCUCUCCAAUGUCCCCACCAUGUGUUUCUCCAAAAGAAAAUGACAAGGCUAACCCCCCCCAAAAAAAAUCUAGCAUAGAAUCUUUAUUUAUAUUCAAAGCUAAGCUGAAUGUUCCCCUAAGAGAGGGACCCCUGGAAAGGGCUGGCAGGAGCCCAGAGAAUAUAGAGAGGGAAAAAAACUAAGAAAUGGUCAUGGUAUUUUUAUCCCUUCGUAACUUAAACCAUUACACAUAGCAUUUUCUAAGACUUCACUGCUUACGCUACAUGUGCUUUACCCGUAUGUCACAUGCGUCCUCAAACUGCUAUCACUUGACUUUCCCAGGGUACCUUGACAGGAGUUUGCUUGUUUCUGAUGACAGUUGUGAUGUUGUAAGCCGUAUAGGAGCUAUGAAUGUGAGUGGUAAGUAUAUCAGUUAAAAUGGUAAAGAAGAAAAAAAAACUAGUUUAUACUUGUAUUUUUCCAGAGUUCUUUUGGUCCUAUGCAGUACUGCUGAAGUUAAGAAUAUAUUUCUUGCCUGUGUUAGACAGGAAGGGGUGGGAGAAAGGUCAUGCAUGGUGAUUUCCAGCUGUGGAACUGAAGGAAGGUUAUCAGUAGUCAUGACUCAGAGGGUGCUGAGAAGGGAGAGGUUAGCUCUUUUUAAUCGGCUUUGGGUAGAUUAUAUUUACGUGCUCAGAGUCAGAUGCUACACAGAGCCAUCAAAUUGUCCGUGGCCCUGAUCUCAGAGUUCGUUGUUGUUCCAGUCCAGGCAGGGUUCCACCCCAUCCCAGGUCUUCCCUCCUAAUGCUUAAGGAGCAUCAUGCACUUGGCCAUAGGAGCAAAGCUUUCGACACCCCCGUCGUACUUUGUGUUUUCCCAGUGGCUCGCACUUUAAACCGUCCCCAAGGUCCCCUCUGGUCACUGCGUGGGUACCCAGUGAGGCAGCCUUGCAGCUGGGGCGUUGCUAAGAUGACACCGGCCUCUUCCUCAUCCUCUACAUUCCACUACGCAUGGGGGGUCACGGUUGAUGUUACAGCAUGUCAGGCCUCAAAGUUUUACUUUUUUAUAAAGCUGAGUAGUUAAGAAUCCCCUGUAAUAGCAAAACCCUAUAAACCGAGCCUUGUAUCUGGUAUAUAUUUUACCAAACAGCCUUAAAAUAUAUUUGGACGCAAAAAUCAUACGAAUGUAUAUCCUUUAAAAAAUGCAAAAAAAAUCCCCAAAAUAUUCUUCUAUCACUGAACCCUGUUUCCCCAGAGUGUUCAAAGCAUUUUCUACCUAAAUAAAUCAUGUAACUCCUGAGUAGCAUUAAACAACGAUGCAUCCUCCUGUAUUCAUGCCACUGUGUUUUAAAAGAAGAAGACUAGAUUGUAAGCACUGGUACUUGCGAUUUGGAAAGUGGUGUAUCCUAGAGGAACAAUCUAGAAGGAAUCAGAGGUAAGCAGAUCUGAUGUCCAUCCCCUAGCUGAAGGAAAUGCAGGCUGCAAAUGUCCCUGCUGCCCACACCCAUGAGGCUGUCUGGCAGCCUUUCCUGUCGUUUCCUCAAAUGUACAUGGCAUGGGUAGAAACAAAUUGUAACACUAGACAAUCAUUAUUUGUCUUAAACCCAAAAUUCUAUGGACCCAACUUGAACAAAGUAUCCAUUAGAUUUUGGUUAAUUAUAUUGCCUAUAUUCAGUCUUCAUCUGACCUCACCCAAAGUCUUGGCCUAAACUUCCCCUCGCUAAACAAACCUUCCUUCCCUGAGUUGCAGGGUGGCCCCUCUUUGAAGUGGAAAAAAAGAAAAAUAUGUGCCCCUAUCUGGUUUACUAGGUUCCAAAGAUUAUUUAAUGACCGAACCAACACCUGCUGCUAGUUCUGAUGGCGUGUUAGCUGUUGGCGUCCCCUCGUAAGUGCAAUGCCUUCCGUUCUCCAGCGGGUGACACGGCUGCGGAGCAAGAUAAGCCAUGUUUACACUGCAGCAUCCAAGCCGAGGCAGACAGCGUUGGUCGCGUGUGCAUGCCUCCCCUCCAGCUCCUUUAUUUCGGUCGCUUUCAGGAGGGUCUCGGUGUGGAGUUCUCCUGUGGUCCUCUCAUCUCAUCCAAAACAGGACAUUAAUGAAAAAAACUGGUACAGAGACAUGGCUGUCACAUGGCGCUGUCCGUGUUAUAUGUAACAGACGCUCGUGUUCCUAGAGAUGCCACCGGCAGCUGGAGAGACUUCCUCACACUGGCAGGCUGUUGUGGACUCCACUGUGGGAGGUGCAGCUGGAGAGCAGGACCAGGAGAAAAAGUGCAACUGAGGAACAAGAGGAUCGGGAACUUUCCCAGGCGUCUCAUGAUCCUGUUGUGAUCAUGGUUCCUAUAUAUUUUUAUCACCACUCUAGAAUGUUGUAGAAAGCAGCCGACUUGUUUUAUACCCAGAAAUCACCUUGUUGGAAAGGAAAUGCCCACACUUUUAACUUCACAUCUGAAGGCUUCAAGCAUUUAAUAGGAAGUAAAUCCUUGUUGAAAAAAAAAAAUACAAAUUAUUUCUUCCUGUGUCAGAAAAAUCGACAAAACCACACACUGCAAAGCAGAGGCACUCUUGCAGCCAGCCUUUAUGGAAAGGUCCAAGGUAUGAUUAGAAUAAGAGACUACACAAGGCAUAUGAUGGAUCCUGUUUCUUGGGGUGUCUCAGUUCACCCCAUCUUUACUUCUGCCUUUUGUUAGCAUAUUGAGCAAACGCUGUUUUUAACCACCCUAACUUAAAUCUGACGCCUCUGCUACCCAUCCCAACCCCAGGACCCCAGGUUGAGAUGUCUGCGGUAAUACGGUGACACCAUGGACAUGUGGCCCAGUGCCUGUAGCAACCAUAGAAGUCCCUGCCUUAGAAACUGCUGUCAGGUUUGGGCCAACUUUUUUGUUUGUUUUCUUUUUUGAAGAUAGAGUCUCACUGUGUAUAGUCCAGGCUAGCCUUAGAUUUUCAACUGUCCUGUCUCUUUCUCCUGGGUGCUGGGAUAACAGACACGCACCAUCACACCCAAUCUUGGUCCAAAACUUUGGGCAGCAGAGAUGGGGUACAGUGAAAAAGAGAACUUAGUAACUAUUGUGGGAUAAUCAGGUGUGAGGCAGCCUUCUGGUGUCUCUGAAGAGCUGGAAGCCGUCACCUUCCGACGGGCACACAGGUCAGAUUUCAACUGCUUUCUCCUGCAGACUCAGUCACCUUGCUCAGGUUCCCCGGCCACAACUCCAGGACGCCCACAUGGACAGAGGCUGACACGCGGCGCUUCAGAUAGACUCAGGCUAACGAGUUAUCAGGACUGUACCUGCUGAUGGCAGAGGAACUCCCUCAGCUGUCGGGGGGGGGGGGGGCAGCAGUCCCCUGAGGGCCAGUAUCUGGCUUGAAGGAAGCUGACUGUCUGGAGCAACACUGGGCAUGGGAGGACACUGAAGCCGUGCUCACCCUACCAGCUACAGGCUUGAAGCACAGAACACAGACAUGCGUCCCCACGUCACAGGCCUUUGUGUGCUCGCCUCACCAUGCCACUUUCUUCUCCAGCCGUGGGUGUCUUCGUGUUAUUACUGCAAAUUUAACGUAUCGCUACCCUCAUAGUUACCCGUGUCAUUUUUAUAGUUUUCAAACUAUGCUCGCAGGAAGUUUUAAGGCGUUUCUUUUUUCUGCCCACUCACCGUUUAUACAUCUAAGUAGGUUUGGAUCAAACUCUGGGGUUCGAAACCAGUAAACCGCAGGCUUAAGAGAUCAAGACUAUAAUUGCCUCUGAUUUGCAGUGGCCUCAGCUGCACUGGUGAGCCGUGACCUUUGCACUAACUUAUCCCAUUGCUGCCCGUCAACGAGCGUGCCACAUCAGCCGAAGUCAUCCCUGUACUCUGGCGCAGCCUGUGCCGCCUGGGGGGGGUGGGGGUUGAAUAGAAAGGUGCAGCCAGCUGAAGGCGGUGCACUUCCCUGUCAGGCUCGAUGCCCUCUACACAGAGUAGCUGCAGGAAGUUUGGGAUGUCAAUGAGAAGGUGCCUGAAGCCCUGAGGCCCAGCCAAGUUGCCAGAACUUAUGCCUACAAUGGCGAGUAACUUGUUUUUACUCAGGUCCCCCCGUUUUCUCUUCCAUGUGGCAUUAGUGUUACUGUCCCUACCUCCCUCACAGACAGACACAAUAUAAGGAUGGGUGACAUGCAGUCUCCGGCAUCUUAGAGCCUAGAGGUUUAUAGUGAAUGUGUAUUGUUUAGAAUUUAUGUUCUGACUCUAUAUGUGUUUUGUGGCCCCACUCUGUGCUGGAAUCUGGCAGAGCCAGCAAGGGCACGACAGGCAGGGAUAUUUGCUUUAGGGUCCUGUCCUGCGUAAGCAGGAGGUCAAACAAGGAUGCAGAGGGGCACAGAUAUGGAACAUAAUCACCAGGGACUUCUUUUCCUGCUGGCUGUGACUUCAAUUUCUCUACCCACCCAUGAACAAGAAACAAUACCACCACCGAGAACUGGGCAAUGUCUUCACCAACCUGUCAGCUCAGCUCCCUCCUGGAUGAGAUGAACAGAGGUUAUCUCUGCAGGACAGUAACAAGAGGACAGUUCUUCCCGGGAAACAGAAGGCUGUGUGUGUGGAAUACACGGGAAUGGACCCAGCCCUGCGGCAUAGUCGCCGCGGAGGUGUGAAGACCACCCCAAGUCCCCACUUUGCCAUCAUCCCCCCUGCCCACUGCAGAAAUGAGCACACAGACACUGAAGACGCCUUUCCGUUCUUGCCACACUGAAAAACACCACCUUGUGGAUGAGUUGCUGUCCUAACUCUGGCGUUUUGAUCCAAUGUUUAAAAAAAAAAAGACCCUGUUUCCGUCUCAGCAGCUGACAGCUGACUCCAUUACAGAGGACAUAUAAGUUACCUACAAAACUACUACUUUUUAAAAGAUUUUUGUAUACACACAAACCAAGAUAACAGUGAUUUACCUCCCAGUUUUCUUAGAUUUUAGGAGACUCUUAAUCAUUGGUGCUUAUUCUGAAUUUGAAAGACUUGGGCUCCAAGACUUCCCAUGGGCGAUGCAAAAGAGAUGGUCACAGAGAAGUUAUGGCAGGGUUUGUGAACCCGUGUUUGUCUUUUGAGCAGUGGUCUCCGUGGGGGGACUCGGAUGCAUGUCUGCAAAUCCAAUGACGGAAGCCAAAGUUGAUUGUGGGACCUUAGGAAGCCACUUGUCCAUAAACCCUCAUUCUCCACCCAACUCCAGCCAUUACCUACAAAGGGCUCCACAAGAAUUGUCACCCUCCCUCCAUUUUCAGUUGGUUUGCUGCAUUUAGGAAGGUUUUCCCCUAAUGAGCAUCAAGAACCGGGCUACUUACUCCCAGGUACCCUCCUGUAGAGAUACAACCCUCUACCCACCCUCCAUACUAUGUGCCAAAAUACCCAGGUGUGGCCUAAGGACUGAGUUUAAUGCCUCCUAUAGGGAUUCAAGGAAUGCUAGAGCAGGAGACUAGGAAUUUAGUUCAAGGUUAAAAGUAUAUAAAUAUAUAUAAAUAAAUAUACAUAUAAAAUAAUACCCACGACGAGGAUCGACAGAGUGCCAAAUAUUCCAACUGUACAGAGUUACAUUCACCAGAACGAAACUAUUUUAUGUAAUUCUCUUACUCAUGCUUUUUUGGAUUCUUUUGAUAAAUUCUAUUUCCCAGCAUGCAGGGCCCUAUCUGAUGUAUUUCUCAUUGCCAACACAGUUUCUUCCUCCUCGCUAAUAAUUUGUCAUUAUUUUAAGCCAUUUUUAAAAGAUUGCUUGUUUUGUUUUCUUGUGUGGGUGACUGUGGCAAUGCGGUUGCCUAGCACUCUUCUAUAGUAAUGCCUCUUUCAUUCGAUGUCUGCAUUGCCAAUACUCACCUCCUGUACAUAGU